UUGUUUUUAAUUUAUUAAUGCUAAAAGUAAACUCUCAAUAGUUCUUAUCUCAAAAGUGAGGUGGUGGCACGCCGUAGUACUAGUAGCCAGUGGACUUUUCAGAGAAGGCCAAGCAAAUACUGUUGCUUUUCUCUUCUCAAAGUCGCACCAUGGAAGCCACCAAGAUGCUGCUGUUCUCGACACCUUUUUCAACGGCCAAUACUUUGAACCGCGCGCACAUAAGAAAAACACCAAGAUGGCAUGCCCCACUGAAGGUCCAAAGCAUGGCAAAGGAAAGCAGCGAUGAAAGCGGCGGUGGCAUUAUAGAGAAAGUAGCCAUAGCCGGUGGCUUGGUCUCGACCCCGGUCAUUGGUUGGUCGCUCUACACCCUCAAGACCACCGGCUGUGGCCUGCCACCUGGACCCGGUGGCUCGAUAGGUGCGCUGGAGGGCGUGAGCUAUUUAGCAGUUGUGGGAAUCUUGGCUUGGUCAGUGUAUACUAAAGCCAAAACCGGUUCCGGUCUGCCUAAUGGACCAUUUGGAUUACUGGGUGCCGUUGAAGGUCUUUCAUAUUUAUCAGCGUUGGCCAUUUUGGUGGUGUUUGGUUUGCAGUACUUGGAACAGGGUUCCAUUCCAGGUCCCCUCCCCAGUGACCAGUGCUUCGGUUGAUUGAUGACGUGGUAUGGCCCACCAUAAUUAAUUCUAUCUUGUGUCUGUGGCCGUCAUUCAUUCAGGCUUUAAUUAGUUCUUGUGUCGUUUAAUUCUAAACAGUAUGACAAACAGUAUUCAGUACUCCUUGGCUUCAUUAAUUGUGCGCUAUCCGUUUAAUGCGUUAUGACUUGUUUCUUCUCUCUCUACUUUUGCUUUUGUAAUUCCUGUUAUCCUUUCCCAGACACAAUAUGCAUGUUUUUAAGAAGUAAUUUGCAUAUGAUCUGUUA